CUCUCCAGAGCUCUCUCUCGAUCGCGGAAGGCAUGGCAAUGAGGCUACCUCAUGCCAUGCAACAGCUGGACGGGGAAACAGUUCGCCUCCUGGCCGGGUCCCAGACCAUCUCCUCUGGGCAGGCUGUAGUCAAGGAGCUGGUGGAGAACUCCCUAGAUGCUGGGGCAACAAACAUAGAAGUCAAGCUUGAGAACUUUGGCCUGGAUAUGGUGGAGGUGUGUGAUAAUGGCUCUGGGAUCGGCAAAGCUGAAGUUCUUCACGUUGCACGUCCGCACUACACUUCAAAGAUCACCUCCUUCAGCGACCUCUGUGAGCUCCAAAGCUACGGUUUUCGUGGGGAGGCCCUGUCGUCAAUUGCCUCAAUAGCUCACCUCCGAAUCUCCACUCUCUGUUCUAAUGAUGAAGGUGCAGGUCGUCAGUAUGACUUUGACUCCAUGGGAAACAGCGUGUCAUUUAAACAUGUUGCCAUGGGGCAAGGGAUGACCGUCUGUGUGACUGGUUUGUUCAAGAGUGUCCCCGUCAGACGACAGAUUCUGAAGAGUGCCAAACGCUGCCGGGAGGAUCUUAAGAGGAUGGAAGACACCUUGCUGGCAUUUGGUAUCGCUCACCCGAGAGUGAGACUUAUUCUAAAGCACAACAAGUGUCUCCUGUGGCAGAAAAUCCCCAGUCAAGACUACGACUCAAACCUCUCCCUCGUUCUGGGGCCCUCGAUCACCCAACACUUGACCCCCAUCUCGUUCAGCAGUCGAGACCCUAUCCUGAAACUGCGAGGCUACGUCCCAUGUCCUGGUGACGGUGCUGUGGUGUCACGAUCAGCUCCAGACAGGCUCUUUGUCUUUGUCAACAACAGACCAGUAGCUAUCAAGCAAGUCACCCAGAUUUUGAGGCAAAGUCUUGCAGAUGCUUUUCCCUCCCAGUCUGGUCGUAGCCCAGUGGCUGUACUCCAUCUGGACGUCCCUCCUUCCGCUCUUGAUGUCAACCUUGACCCCAGCAAGACCUCUGUCCUUCUCACCGACCUUGUGAGAUUGAAAUCAUGCUAUAACUUUAGGAUUUUGUGUGUUCAACCCUCACAUCUCUGCUGUCUCAACUCUACUCACCUUCUCCUGAAGCAGCAGUGGAAAAUGUCUCAAAGGACGGUUCAGAAGUCCUGCAACAGCUGGAUAAGACUCUGUCCCACCGUGAACAAGAUCAGAGGAAAGAGGCUGAUUCAUCAGGAGCGCAUCCUUCAAACCCAAAGAAUACAAAUCUUUCUUUACAAGACGAGAAUGAUCAACCGGUGCAGGUGAAGAGGAAACUCACCCACACUUCCCCACCUACAAUACUCAAAAGACGAAAUGCAGAGGGGACAGCUACUAAGCAACCAUCUCUGUCUUUUGAACCUCUGCCACAAACCGAUGCCAUCUCAUUAGACCUUUGCAGCAUAACACGCAGGAUAACACUCAAAACGAAAGGCGAGUGUGGAGGUGGUAGAGGAGGAGGCAAGGUGGUGGGAUAUUGCAGUCCACCCGGAGUGUGGCUGGUCGUGUCUGGCAACUCCAUCUCCUGUUUCCUAACAGCCAGGUUGCUGGAGGUUGUGGAGAUUCCAGCGAGGUCACAAGUACAGACUCUGCUAGACCACACCCUCUCUACUGCCACAGAUCUGACCUCUCACCUCUACACUAUUCAUGAACUAUGAAAUGCGCUUUUUUUUGUGUACUCUAUAGUAAUAUUGAGUAUCAUAAAACUUUAAUGCUAACAUCGAUCAUGUGAUAUUAUGUUGAUUCAUUGGAGUUUUGCGCUCACAUGGCUUAUUGCUGAUGCGUCGGAGCAAAGUCAGUCGAUUUUACACACUGAACUGAAAAUAUUUUGUCUUCGAGCUCAGCGUCAGUCAACAGAGAGAGAGCAAUGUCACUAUGGAAGUGGAGAGCGUCAUCACCUUUUCUGCUAAUUUCCAUUUGUCAUCCGUACAGGAUGUAAGAUGAAGUUUGCCAUCUCACUACAUGCUCUGGUAUACAGUCCGCAAUGAAACCCAUUUAUAUGA